UCUGCAAACUUGGUUCCCUACUGGAGACGGACAUAAUCGACGUCGAGAUAAUCCCAGGUGGUGUCUGGCCUCUAGAGAACCCAUUGGCUCCCUUCUGCUUGCAAGAACGUCACCUUGCAGUCCCAGAAAAUGUCCUAUACACCGCCUACACUGAAGCACUGGUUGUACUGGAGGAGGCUCGGAGAAUGGGCCUAAACCCAGCUACUGCCGAUCGUCUGCGUCUGUGCUCAAGUGCCAUUCUCCUCGCAAAUCCCGAUCACAACUCGGCCUUGAAUGCGCGCAAGCGUUUGGUGGUCCUUGGACUCAUGAAUGAGGGUCUCGAAUUACACGUUUCUUCGGUCUUACUCUCUGUCCCACGUAAUUCUAAAUCCUCUUUGCUGUGGCAACAUCGCCGAUGGUUACUCUAUCGUCAACAUCCGCCCGCUCUUCCGCAAAAAAGUAUGUGUAGUAGGGCAAUGGAAUUUACCCUCGUGAGUCGAGCAACACAGCACUAUCCCCGAAACUAUCACGCGUGGAAAAUCGGGUUGGUUGGUUCAAUGGAAUAUGACAGUGUUGUCGACGAAGAGUAUGAAUUCGCAACCAAAUGGAUCGAAGGUCACCUGGCCGAUACGAGUUCGUGUAAUUAUCUUGUGAAGCUCCUCAAAAGGUGCAUCUCUCCGAACUCUCCGAGAGGCUACCUCCUAGUGUCCUCCUUGAAUCAUGCCACAUCGCUCGUGAGAUCAUAUCCGUCUCACGAGGCCUGCUGGAUGUACCUGCGACAAGUGUACUGCUUGAUGGAACCAAACGUGAGGGAGAGCUGGGUGGCGGAAAAUAGGGAUUAUCUGAUGAGUAAUGGGACACACGACGCACAGGCACAGCAGUUGAAUGCUCGUGGCGCCUCCCCGCCGACUGCAGCCGAUGUUGCUGUGCAGAACGCGGAGCUAGGCAGAGUGCAUAUGGAGCGCUUCACCCGUUUCGUAAAAUAUGUGAAUUCUGUUGGUCAACCUGAUAGGCCCUGUCACUAGAUUUGCUCCUUGAAUUGAGGGCAUUGAUGGGAUUGUUUGGGAUUUAAUGAGGCACGACACUUCUUAAGACUUCGCACAUAUACUAACCUUUGUUCCUUCUUAGCUUGGCCCCCAACGACCCCAUAUCGCAGCCGCUGCUCGCGGUUCUGCGCACGCUCUCC